AUGGACCACCGCCUUGCCAGCGGACACAGAACAAUACCCCAGUACUUCGAAAGGCUGAGCCAGCAGCAGAAUCCAUGUCACCUACCUGUGGCUAGUCUACCAGUCGAGACAGGCUACAAUGCCGUGAAGAGCUUCGACUUCAGCCAGCUUCCCGCGAACGUAGAGUACGUCAGCGACACGCCCUUCACGGAGAUGUUCCUGGACAUGUACACGCAGUUCCCAACUGCCAAGGUCAUUCUGACGACCAGGCCUAGCCUCGAAUGGGCAAAGAGCAGGAAGAAGCACGGCAAGACGCCCCCACCAGUUCUGAGGCCAUGCGGCCUUGCAGCCGUCGAGGACUACUCCGAUAAAGACCUGGCAGGCAUGCUGGACGCCUACAAUGAAUUGGUCAGGUGCGUUGUCCCUCCUGGCAAUCUGUUGGAGAUCAAUCUGUUCAAGCACGGUGACAAACUGACGGACACCCUGAGCAGCUUCCUGAACAACCGACUGCUUGUUCAAUCAGGCCACGAGAAGCACGCCAAAUCCAAAGCCAAGGCUAAGACGGCAAAGAAACCGUCGGCUUAG